GCUCGCUCUCCAUUCCAGCCCCUGCACAGGUUUCCAUCUCCCAGCAGAAGGCGCAGCCAUGAAUCCGUUAUUCGGCCCCAACCUCUUCCUCCUACAGCAGGAGCAGCAGGGCCUGGCUGGGCCCCUGGGGGAUCCCCUUGGAAGUGACCACUUCACAGGGGGAGGGGACUUACCCACAGCGCCGCUUGCCCCCGCUGGCCCCUCAGCCUACUCGCCGCCGGGCCCUGGCCCGGGCCCGUCACCCCCUGCCGCCAUGGCACUCCGCAACGACCUGGGCUCCAACAUCAACGUGCUCAAGACCCUGAACCUCCGGUUCCGAUGUUUCCUGGCCAAGGUGCACGAGCUGGAGCGCCGGAACCGGCUGCUGGAGAAGCAGCUGCAGCAGGCGUUGGAGGAGGGUAAGCAGGGCCGUCGGGGCCUGGCUCGCCGCGACCAGGCCGUGCAAACUGGCUUCAUCAGUCCCAUCCGGCCCCUGGGUCUGCCCCUGGGCGCCCGGCCGGCCGCGGUCUGCCCCCCGUCGGCGCGAGUGCUGGGCUCGCCCGCGCGCUCACCAGCCGGUCCCCUCGCGCCCUCCUCGGCCUGCCACUCGUCGCCCUCCACCUCCACCUCCACUGCCUUCUCCUCGUCGGCCCGCUUCAUGCCCGGCACAAUCUGGUCCUUCUCGCACGCCCGCCGGCUGGGGCCAGGACUGGAGCCCACGCUGGUGCAAGGGCCUGGCCUGUCGUGGGUGCACCCUGAUGGGGUGGGCGUCCAGAUCGACACCAUCACCCCGGAGAUCCGCGCACUCUACAACGUGUUGGCCAAAGUGAAGCGAGAGCGGGAUGAGUACAAGAGGAGGUGGGAAGAGGAAUACACAGUGCGGAUACAGCUGCAGGAGCGAGUUUCUGAGCUCCAGGAGGAAGCCCAAGAGGCUGAUGCCUGCCAAGAGGAGCUAGCCAUGAAGGUGGAACAGUUGAAAGCUGAGUUGGUCGUUUUCAAGGGGCUCAUGAGUAAUAACCUGUCAGAGCUGGACACCAAAAUCCAGGAAAAGGCCAUGAAGGUAGAUAUGGACAUCUGCCGCCGCAUUGACAUCACCGCCAAACUGUGUGAUGUGGCUCAGCAGCGCAACUGUGAGGACAUGAUUCAGAUGUUCCAGAAGAAGCUGUCUCUGCACUUGUCUCCCAUUAAGGUCCCAUCCAUGGGGGGGCGGAAGCGGGAGCGCAAGGCUGCUGUCGAGGAGGACACCUCCCUGUUGGAGAGUGAUGGGCCCCGCCAGCCCGAUGGGGAUGAGGAGGAAAGCACAGCCCUCAGCAUCAACGAGGAGAUGCAGCGCAUGCUCAACCAGCUGAGGGAGUAUGAUUUUGAGGACGACUGUGACAGCCUGACUUGGGAGGAGACUGAGGAGACCCUGCUGCUGUGGGAGGAUUUCUCAGGCUAUGCCAUGGCAGCCGCAGAGGCCCAGGGAGAGCAGCAGGAAGACAGCCUGGAGAAGGUGAUUAAAGAUACUGAGUCCUUGUUUAAAACCCGGGAAAAAGAAUAUCAGGAAACCAUUGACCAGAUAGAGCUGGAAUUGGCGACAGCGAAGAACGACAUGAACCGGCACCUGCAUGAGUACAUGGAGAUGUGCAGCAUGAAGCGGGGCCUGGAUGUGCAGAUGGAGACCUGCCGCCGGCUCAUCACCCAGUCUGGAGACCGAAAGUCUCCUGCUUUCACUGCGGUCCCGCUUAGCGACCCGCCGCCACCGGCAAGCGAGACUGAGGACUCCGAUCGCGAUGUCUCAUCUGAUAGCUCCAUGAGAUAGGGACCACCUCCAUCUUGGCUCCCCUGUGCCCCAUCCUGCCAGAAGCUCAAUGAGACCCAAAGGUGGGGGUUCAUGGAGGGGAAAACCAUUUGUACACCACACCAAACCUGGCCCUGGGGCCUGUGUUGCUCCUCUCUCGGGCUUCCUCCCUUGGUUCUUGGCCUCCCUAGAGUUCUGGGAUGUUGGGGGCUAGGCUUGGCCCUGCCCUUCCUGGGCAGCUCCCACUGCAAAUGGGGCUCUCCUGCCUUCAUGCGUGGUAUCUGCUACUUCCCCAUCUUUAAAAGGCCAAGAGUGUUCAUGGCCUUUCACUUUUUCUAUUGUGUAAGGAAUGUGAAUGUGGGACCUCCAACUCUGGGAUCUAGAGCCUGCUGUACCGGUGCUAACUGGCCCAGGCACUGGUAUGAAGUGGAUUCAGCUAGAAGUUCCCUAAAGGAUUGUGCAACACAUGCAGUUGGACAGGACUUCCCUUCCUGUUAUGGAUAGAGGGAGGUGAUACUGGAUAGGUACUCUGCCCUGCUGUCCAUGUUCUCAUGGCUGUCCACCUGCCAACUGUAUUAUAUGUGACUGUAACCUUCCCUCACAGAGGGAGGCACUGUGCAUUAAAGGGGCCUUUAUGCCCUGGACUGGGUGAAUUAUCCUGAAGGAAGAUAGCUCUUAUCUCCUGGUCUCUGCUGUGACAGGAAAAAAAAAAGAAAAAAGAAAAAAGUGAAGCAGCUCUAUGUGCCUGCGUUCAGGGUCUGUUUCAAGUGUUGGCUGAAGAUGUGCCUCUUCCUUGUCUCAUUCACCAAAACCAACAGGCUGAUGUCUGACUUGGAAAAGCUUGAGAAGUGGAGAUUCAAUUCUGAAUACCUCAGAGGCUGUGCUUGAAUGGAGUCUUUAAUAAUAAUCAAAAUGGAGAAUAUUUAUUGAACACUUUUAUGUCACCGAUUUAAGCCCUUUAACUAUAGAAUCUAAGUUCUGUAUUGUUUUUUCAUCUCCAUUUCACAAAAUGAUGUACAGGAAGUUACAAGUAACUUGCCCAAAUACAGCCUCCAAGUAGCAGAGCUAGUUCACCAGCCAGCUCCCAGCCUGUUACUACCCACUAAAAGCCAGGAGGUAAAACCUUGUUUUACUGACAUUUUAAUCAUGUUGUUUUACCUAAUUUAAAGACCUAAGCUGAGGGAUGCAGUUAUUCACACAUGAAGGUAUGAGUGGAAGAACUAGAAUUGCACGUGAGAGUCUCCAUGCAGCCUACUACAUACUUCACAAGCCUGUCAACCAGUCAGGCUCAAAGUCCUGACAUCAAUAUUACCUUUCCUAAGGGUACCUGAAAGAAGGCUGGGGGUGCCUAGUAAGGCCAAGUUCAAUCCCCAGCACCACCAAAAAAAGAAAAGUAAAAAUAACUUUCUAACAGAGGUAGCCAGGUGAAGGGCCUUUCAAUAUUCAGUUUGCUUCAGGUAGCACCCAGAGGGAAAAUGUAAAUGAGGAAGGCAUAUAUAUGUAAUAAUAAGGAUAGCUGGAUGCCGCUGUGGCAACUGUAAUUGCAAUGACCCUGAGGGAUAAGAUAGGAGGAUUGGGAGUUCAAAGCCAGCCUCAGGAAAAGUGAGGCUGCUAAGCAACUCAAUUUCUAAAUAAAAUACAAAACAGGGCUGGGAA